GCAGCAGCGCCAGCCAGCAUAUCUGCAUAUCGCGAAACGCUACCCUAGGCUCUCCUUCGUUAUAGAUAUUAAUAUUGAAUUCCGGUCGUCGACUCGUAGGCUCGUAGUGGAGACGUAGACCGUAGUCUGUUGCCGAACGACAGAACUGUGUCAUAUCUGAAUUCAUAGCGAUUAAUGAGUACAAUUUUCCAAUUUCUGUGUCAUCAAGCACUUCCUUACCGGAAAUAAAAGUCGUAAAGUUUACUCGCUGAAUAAGUUCACCAGCCAUUGAGAUUGAUGUCUCGUUCGUAUCACGUAUCUUUAUAAAUCUUGUUGUGUAGAAAACAUGCAGAACCAAGAGCAUUUGCUACAAGAGAUUGAGGGCAUUGAUGAUUACUGGGGCCCAACAUUCCGAGCCAUAUACGACCAAGAUGACGACAGUCGCAAAUUCAUUGACACUUUGGACAACCGCAUUAAGCAGUACGACAAAGAAAUUGAACGUAUGUGCAAUUUCUAUUACCAAGGAUUUAUAGAUUCUAUUAGAGAAUUGCAGCAAGUAGAAAAUCAAGCAUCUAAAUUGAAAAAACAAGUUGUUCAACUAAAUUCAAAUGUACAAACCAUUGUUGCUGAAGUCACAAGUGCUGGUGAAGAGUUGGUUAAAGCUAGACAAGUGGAAAAUAAUAUUCAAAUGGCUAUCAAUAGCUUAUCUUUAUGUUUGCCUGCACUUUCUUCUUACAGUAAAUUACAAAAACAAAUGGCUGACAAACGCUAUUAUCCUGCCUUAAAAACCUUAGAACAACUUGAACAAUUAUAUUUGCCACAAGUAUCUCAUUAUAAAUUUUUUAGACAAAUGAUAGAGAAAAUUCCUAAGCUCAGAGAAAAUAUCAAAGAGUCAUCCAUGUCAGAUUUAAAUUGUUUUUUAGAAACCAUACGAAAAUUUUCUUCCAAAGUUGGUGAAGCUGCUAUGAAACAUAGUGUUGAACAACAAAACUUUGAUUUUGGUUUAACUAAAUUGAAGAAGAAAAAAGAUUCACCAGAAGAUAACUCUGACGAUGAAGAUUCAUUGAGUGCACAAGACCUUAUUGAUUUUUCACCUGUUUAUCGCUGUCUUCAUAUUUGUACUGUAUUGUCUUCAAGAGACACCUUUGAUGCUUAUUACAGGCAACAAAGAAGAGAACAAGCACUUUUAACUCUACAUCCUCCUAACAACAUGCACGAAUCUAUUGCAAGCUAUUGUUAUUAUUUACAAUGCAUUGUCGGAUUUUUUGUUGUAGAAGAUCAUGUAUUAAACACUGGUAAUGGAUUGUUGACAAGACCUUAUUUAGAAGAUUUGUGGAAAAUGGCUUCUGAUAAGGUAGUAAGCAUAAUGAGAACAAAUACCGCGUACUGUACUGAUGCAAAUUUACUCUUAAGAAUUAAAGAUUUAAUUAUGGUUUUUUGCAUAACUCUUAGAAGUUAUGGAUAUCCUGUUAAGAACUAUAUGGAAUUGUUACACGAAAUACAAGAACAUUACAAUGAAAUACUUAUGCAAAAAUGGGUUCAAGUGUUUCGGGAUAUUUUAUAUAGAGAAACUUUUUGUCAUCUUGAGGUUGACAAUCAAGAUCAAUACGAUAAUGUUGUUCGGACUUUUCCAUAUCAAGAUGAUCAAUUAGAAUCUUCUACAUUUCCUAGAAAAUUUCCAUUUUCUUCAAUGGUGCCUAGUGUUUAUGACCAAGUAAAACAGUUUAUAUUUGCUUGUCUAAAGUUUUCAAAUGACCUAAAUUUUAGUGAAGGUGAAGUAGAUGAAAUGGUUCAAAAAUCUACCAAAUUACUAUUAUCUCGAACUUUUAGUGGAUGUUUGUCUUCUGCAUUUCACCAACCACGACUUGGGCUUUUACAAGUAAUACAGAUUAUUGUUGACACUGGAUAUUUAGAAAAAUCAUCAAAAUCAAUUCAACAGUUUGUAUCUGAAGCAACUGGGUCUACUGGUGGCACUGUUGGUGAUGAUGCAGGCAUAACAUUGGGUGUGGCUAGAAAUGAUGCUGAACAUCACAUGUAUGAUAAAAUGAAAUUAAAAUUGAAUGAAUUUUUGGAUUUAGAAGACUACGAUUGGAUGUUAGUCGAACCAACUGGUCAAGCUUCUUCGUUCGUUACUGAUUUAAUAAAUUUCCUAAGAGUUGUUUUUAAUGCGUUAAGAAAUCUUACUGAAGAAGUAUCUGUUCAUGUAUGUCAAGUAGCAUUUGAACACAUAUCUAAAUCUAUAUUAAAUUUAUUACUCAGUGAUGAUAUUAAACAAUUAUCUAUGGGUGCCUUAAAUCAAUUGAAUUUAGAUGUUAUACAAUGUGAACUGUUUGCUGCAUCAGAACCUGUAGGAAAGACUGAUGAACCAGAUUUUUCUCAACAUUUUGCACCGUUGAGACAACUUUUGGACUUACUCCUAAGCUGGGACUGGUCAACAUAUUUUCAUGAUUAUGGUCAAGAAACAUCAAAAUAUUCUCAUGUUAAACCAACUACAGCCAUUAUUGUAUUAGAAAAAUUAAAAGAAGCUGAUAAAAAAAGUGUAUUUUCAGUAUUAAAGAAAAGUGAAAGGGAUAAAAAGAAAUUAUUAGAAACUGUUUUAAAACAGUUAAAGCAAUUAGCAAUAACUGUUCAACAAUAGUGAUUUACAUUAUAUUUAUGUAUUUUAAUACAUUGUUUAUAAACUAUAGCUAUUUAACCAAAUACUUAUUAAAUUAAAUCCACCGCCUAACAUAAAGGUUUAUAGCAUAUUUUAAUUCUACUAA